CCGCUUCGCCCUCAGAUCGCUGAAGCUGAGGACUCGGAUGUUUUCUUUCACGGCUGCUUGGAUUAUUUUCGCCAAGGACUUUGUACUAUCUUCGGCUUUUUCUUCUUUUUCUCGUUUCUUUUUUGGGGAAGCUCUCGCUUGCCUCCUGAAGCUCCGUAGGAAGGUUUGAGCUGUUGGCUCGCAUUUUGCUGUUUCUCUCCGGGGACUGCCGAGGGGCGCAUCACUGUGGAUUAUAACUGCACCAUGACCCUGGAGGAGCUCGUGACGUGCGACAAUGCGGCGCAGAAGAUGCAGACGGUGACCGCCGCGGUGGAGGAGCUGCUGGUGGCCGCGCAGCGCCAGGACCGCCUCACCGUGGGGGUGUACGAGUCGGCCAAGCUGAUGAAUGUGGACCCGGACAGCGUCGUGCUCUGCCUCCUGGCCGUCGAUGAGGAGGAGGAGGGGGACAUCGCCCUGCAGAUCCACUUCACGCUCAUCCAGUCCUUCUGCUGCGACAACGACAUCGACAUCGUGCGGGUGUCGGGCAUGCAGCGGCUGGCGGAGCUGCUGGGAGAGCCGGCCGACGCGCAGGGCGCCGCCGAGGCGCGGGACCUGCACUGCCUGCUGGUCACGAACCCUCACACGGACGCCUGGAAGAGCCACGGCUUGGUGGAAGUAGCCAGCUACUGCCAAGAGAGCCGGGGCAACAACCAGUGGGUCCCCUAUAUCUCCCUGCAGGAGCGCUGAGGGCCCCCCGGCCGCAAAACCUGUUGCUGCCAAAAAUAAAUACUUGACCCCCCCACCGGAAUGGCCCCGAAACACCCAGCCCGCGAGACCGUGGGGGCAGUCACUGGAGACUGAGGCCGAGGAGAGGGGAGUGCGGGGCGGCCGCCCCCCGGGGGGACCGAGCCGGAAGCGGCGCCCGCGGUGGCACCGGGAGAGGAGAAGCCGGCGCCCGGGCCGCAGGAGAAGGGCCCCGGGAGCCCAGGCGUCAGGGGCGGCCGAGCCGGCGGGAGACCGGGACGUCGGCAGGCGCGGCGCAGGCCGGGGGAGCCUCGGCGGGACCAGCGGCCGGGGGCUGGGCGACGUGGUCGUCGCUCUGGACCCACGAGCUCCCGGCUUGUAAAUCACAGACGAUCUAUUUUGUUACUUUGCACUUCUUGUUACUCGGGAACCACUGAAAGGGCCGGGAACUGUACAGACUUAUUUUUAUUUCUACUGUGCUGGCCUUGUAAUAAAUUUCUAAAGCCUU